AUGGCCCCCUCUUCAUCCAAGGAGAAGCGUCUCGCCAAGAAGGCUGCCGAGGGCAAGCUCAAGGGCAAGAAGGGCAAGAAG